UGUCGUCGUCGUCGUUCUUCUUUCACGGACCAAAUACGCCGGCUGCGAGUACCGAACUACCUCGAGCCGCGACCCGGGACCUAAGUCGAGCGGGAUGACGCGAAAAAAAUGUGUGUCGUAUCAACGUGGCUGAUGAGGCUGAAAUCGAGCCUCUCACGCACCACAGUAGGUCUUAGAGGAUGCACAAGUUAGCCAAGGGGCUGAAGAAGAAGAAAAAGCCGAAGAAGGGCAAGAAGGGAGCGGAGGAGGAGGAGUUUGAUCCGGAAGAGCUCGAGCGUUAUCGGCGCGAACGGGCAGAGGCCCAACAGAAAGCUGAGGAAGCCGGCGAAUCAGCCAAAGGUACCGGAUCUGACGAGUGGAAAAAGUUCCAGGCUUUGACUGCUGGCGUCGAUUCGGUUUUGAAGAAGACUCAAAAUGACCUCGAUCGGAUAAAGUCUACUUCAUUCUUCCAGCGAAAAGCGCCGUUGGAAGAGAAGAAACCAGAGGAGGCAAAGCAAGAGGACUCCAACAAAUCAUCCUCGAAGAGGUGGGUAGGCUUCGACAAGGAGGGUAAUCCAAUCGAAGCUGCACCGUCGGAGAUCGAUGGUCAAGAAACAAAGGAAGAGAAAUCACUCGUUAACGAGGACGGUUUUGUAGACGUACCAGAGGACGAAGAUGAGCAAGAGGAUUCCGCCGAAGAGGAUAUCUUCGACACCACUUACGUCGACGUUCUUCAAAACAUCGACGUUCAAUUAGCUUACAUACCAGACAGUCCGACCGAAGAAGAGACUGGAGACGAUCCCUUUGACACCACCAGCGCCGAUAAGGUUCUUCGUACAGUCGAUAAAAAGGGCAAUAAGCUAGUCAGUUUAGGCAAUGCUGUUGAGGUAUUAUCGGGAAGAAUCGACUAUGUAAGCACUUGCAAGAUCACCAAGGGAAGGAGACCUCGAAUUCAACAAGAUCUAUUGUUAGACGAUUUUGACGAGGCGGAACAGCCGUCGGUGGAAACUGUCGUAGCGGAACCGACAGAAAUAGAAAAGACUUUGCUAGAUGAUGACAGCGAUUUUCCUGAUAUUCCCGUUGAUUUGACGAAAUUACCGCCUGUGCUACCAAGACCAGUCAGCCCCCUUACUGCUACAGUUAUUCAAGAGAACAUAGCCUCGACUGAGAAAACAUCGAAUGGUCCACUAGAUAUUUCUGAAUUCGAAGUUUUGAAGGAGAAAACGAUUUUAGAAGAAAUUCCUGACUUGGAUGACACUGAAUUUGAUUUAAACGCCUCGCCAAAUGAGUCGACUUGUCUCAAGGAAGCCGAUGAUCCAUUUGCCACGAAGGAGCCUGAAACAACCGAUUUUCAGACAGAGAUAAUUGAGGCCAGCUUCGAAGCGGCUACUUUUGUCGACGAGGCCGAUCCGUUUGAUACUACAUUCGCGGAUAAUAUAUUACCAGGUAAAACAGAGCUAAAAUUUAUCGAGAAAGAACUUGAAGAACUGCCUGUCUCGGAAGUAUCCAUAUCACUAACUGAUCCCGCUGGUUUUAACAGAGAUUACGAAACUGGCCUGUUGAAGUUAGAUGAAGAACAGAAAGAUAAUCAUAACAGUUUGCUAUCAUCAAAGAAGGACUUGUUAGGCGGUUCGACCACUGAUCUUAGUCAAUUGGCGGACGAACCAAUAGCGCCUGUCGAGGAUAUCACUUACGUUGAUCCUUUUGAUACGUCUGCAGUGAAAGAGCUUCCACCUGGCAAAACAGAGCUCAAGGUUUUAGAAAAAGAAUUACUCGGUGAGCAAUCCAACAGUUGCGUCGAGGACGAUAAUGAUUUUGAUCCAAGGAAAGAUGAGGCGUCAGUAAAGCAGCUACCCACAAAACCGCCACCACCUAGACCAUCCGCGCCUGUUCAAUUUGCGCCAGUUGAGCCUGUCUUUACUGUUAACUUUGAGGAGGACGAGAAGGUCGAAGCGACUCCAACGAAUCUCGAGAGAAAGGCUUCCCGGCCGGAAGUUCUCGAACUAGCUCCAAACAAAGCUGUUGCGUUUGAAUUGCCGACACCGUCAAAAAGACCUGACCUUCUCGCGACUACCGAAGAGGAGAAGACACUACCCUCUAAACCGCUGACACCGUACUAUUCCCAGAAGUCUAUAGAAGAGUCAUUACCAACAGAGGACGAUGAAGUAGAUGUCGAUCCAUUCGACACGAGUUUUGUCAAUAACGUCGCGCCAGGCAAGACCGAGCUCAAGCUCAUUGAGUCAGAAUUGUUGAGACAAGAACCCAAGUUGCCUCAUAGUUUGAGCGAUCACGACUUCGAUCCGAGAUCCACCGCAGAACCAAUCAGAAGACAGAGCGAUUUCACGGCUACCUCGGUCACACCGAGCAAUUUAAAACUUGCGCAGCUACAAUCGUCGCUGAUACAAAAAGUCGAAGAGGAAGUGAUAUCAAGACAAGAACCCCACAGGCAGGAGAGCUUAUUGGAUGCGGAAAUCGAAGUCGACGCAAAACCUCUGACACCUAGAAUCGAGAGUAAACCUAUCGUGGAAGAGGAGAUUUCCUAUUCGGAUCCUUUCGACACUUCUAUCGCGACGAACAUUCUGCCCGGUAAAGCGGAGUUGAAAAUAUUGGAGAGUGAAUUGCAGCAAAUUCCUGAACAACCACCACCGCGCUCUAUUGUUCUACCUACGGUGGUACCCAUCGUAGCAUCGACAAUCCCGGAAAUCGACGACUUCGAUCCUAGAGCGGACGAAGUAAAGGAAUCCAAAGACUUUUUGUCUUUGGACGGACAAGAUCCCGGCGACAAAGUAUUGACGCCGCUUCAGAAUAAAGAUCUUACUUUGGACGACGACGUGGAUCCCUUCGAUACUAGCUUCGCUACUAUCGAGCCUGGGCGGACCGAACUGAAAUUGCUCGAAUCCGAACUGAUGAAGUAUACAAUGUAUUCAAUCAUGGAUUCCAAGGGUGGUAAUCCGUUCUUAAUGGACGAUUAUGCGACGGAACCGGGAGGCGGUUUGCCCCCGCAGGCUUCCAAUCCUUUUCUCCAAGAUUUCACCGACGCGGCAACUUCCGGCGCGGGCGAGAAUCCUUUUUUAAAUUUCGGCAGCGACCAAACAGCGUACGAACCACCGAUAUCCGUCGAUUCUACUAAUCCGUUUGCCUCCUUUGGCAUUGAAAGUACCGCUCCGAAUACCGGAUUCGGAGCGAUCGCCGACACUAAUACGCCAGCAACCAACGUCUUCACUAGCCAAUCAUCAAAUAUUUUCGUCACGUCCGAUAGUACGAAUGUAGAUCUAUUUGGUACGAUGACGACGACAACAGCCGAGCAACAACCGACGAUCGUUAGUCCGCCUCAACCAUCUCCAGCGGCAACACCUCCGUCGAAGAAUGGAAAGCCGCCGCCAUCAAGACCACCUCCACCGAGACCACAACCACCACCGAUACCGCAUCCACCGGUACAACCACCUGCCAAGAACACGAAGGAUCUGAUAUUGUCAGUUACGGGAGCAAUGGACGCUACCUCAAACCAUCUUCUGGAUCGUUUGCAAGCAACUAGAACGCCCAGUCCCACGCUGAUACACUCCCCGUCACCUACUCCGGAGCACAGCUUUGCCGAUCUUCUGGACGUCGACAGCAAUGUGCCGGAUCUGAUUCCAGAUGAUAAAGUUAUUGAGCCGCCAAAAAAUCAAGACAUCAUGGAUCUCUUUGAUGCGCCUUCUGAAGUCACCUCGACCGGUAUCUUCUCUACUUCCAUGACCACUAAUACGGAUACUACCAGUCUUAUCACUGGAGUUUCAAUGACUACUACUACCAAAGACAAUCCCUUCGCAAGUAUGAGCGAAGAGGAAGUGGUACCGCAAGCGCAGCCUACCUUUGGAAUGGAAUAUCCGGAAGAUAUUAUUAGUAAUGAGAAACGGCCUUCAGUGACCUCUGCGACUCCUUUCGCGGUCAUAGAAACAGACGUUGGACAGUCUGGUACUGUUUUGGACCUCACGGAACCUGUCCCUGCGAUUCAACCUACGUUGACAGCAGCUACUGAACUCUUCCAAGAAGUAGAACAGGUUUCUACCGACGCUGAUGCGAACUUUUUCUCCAUGACCAAUACAACCACGACAACGCCCUUCGGCAUAGUCGAAACCAUGCCCGCACCCUUCGCAACUGCAGCUCAGCCUUUGUUUGCUCCGGAAGUCACGCAGUCAGCCUUUGCCUCGGAUCUACUAGGUGAUUUCGGAGAACCGAUCAAGGAGGUCAGCAGUGGCCUGAUCUCCACCAGUCCGACUCCUGGAACAGAAUUUCCUGGAAACGAGGCUUACAGGCCCGAAGAACAAUUGGAUAACUUCGCCGCUACGACGAAGGCGAUCGAGGAUACUGGCGACUCAUUCGAUGCUUUUGCGUCCAAAUUUGAUAGGGCUGCCGAACCAGAAACCAAUGGCGGAGAUCCUUUCUUGGAUGCCUUCGGUGGCGGACCAAUCGCUAUGGACACUUCCAGCGAUGUUUGGGGAGACUCAUCAGUAGCUGGCUUGGAAGCGGCGGUUACUGGUUUUGGAGAAUCUGAUGGUUUUGAUUCCUUCUUAAGUAUGACGGCUCCACCACCGGAUACGAAAGUAAAAAGAUCUGAGUCUGCGGAAUCGGACGAGGGGCCCGAUUUCAGUGUGUUUAUCAAACCAAAAGAAGGAGAUCAGAUAACAGCAAUAGAAGGUGGACCUGUACCUACGUUAGCGCCGCCGCCAAAAAGUCCGCAAAUCGCUGCGUAUGCGGAUUCUUCGCCGCGUUUCAAUCCCUUUGAUAAAUCUGGAAUCGCGCAGGAUGCUGUGGUAUCUGAAACUGCACAGACAGCCGAAAUGGCUAGGACAGAUUCUCAGGAAACCCCGCCUACUCCUUUGUUUGAUGAGGAUGUUAGCCAACCGCUUGAGGAUUUCCCGCGGAUAACUUACACCGGCGAUGGUUGGGAGAUGCAGUUGCGACAGCCGAACAAAAAGAAAAUUACAGGGCAACGUUUCUGGAAGAAGAUUUUUGUCAAACUGGUUUACCAGGGUGACAAUCCGAGUCUUCAGUUGUUCAAUAAUAAAGACGACAAAGAUCCGUUUCAAGAAUUACCCCUGCUCGCUUGUUAUUCGGUGUCGGACAUUGGCGCUCAACAAUUUGAUCAGUACGGGAAGAUAUUUACAGUGAAGCUACAAUACAUCUUCUAUAAGGAAAGACCUGGCGUGCGACCCGGCCAGGUCACGAAAGCGGAACGACUUACAAAUAAACUCAGCCAGUUCGCAGCAUACGCUAUUCAAGGGGAUUAUCAAGGCGUCAAAGAGUUUGGGAGUGAUUUGAAAAAAUUGGGUCUUCCUGUUGAACACGCACCUCAGAUUUCUCAGUUAUUCAAACUUGGUUCCCAAUGUUACGAGGACAUGAAACAAUUUUCUUGUGCUAUCGAGGAAGCACUCUUUAGGUUACCGGCGCAUCGUGAUCGGGCUCUAACUUACAAAAUGGAAGAAGUUCAGGUUACAGUCGUGGAUGAGCUGUAUGUCGAGCAGAAUGCAGAAGGUCACGUAGACAAGCAAAUCGCACGUGUUCGUCUUUUCUUCCUGGGUUUCCUUUCUGGUAUGCCCGACAUAGAAUUAGGAAUAAAUGAUAUGUGGCGACAAGGUAAAGAGGUUGUUGGUAGGCACGAUAUCAUCCCCGUCGUAACGGAAGAAUGGAUUCGCCUGGAGAACGUCGAGUUCCAUUCAUGCGUUCAGCAGGACGAGUACGAAAAAUCAAGGAUAAUAAAGUUCAAGCCACCUGAUGCAUGUUACAUUGAACUGAUGCGGUUUCGCGUAAGACCGCCUAAAAAUAGAGAACUACCGCUUCAGCUAAAAGCUGUUAUGUGCGUUACCGGGAACAAGGUGGAGUUGAGAGCAGACAUUCUCGUGCCUGGUUUUGCAUCCAGAAAAUUGGGCCAAAUACCAUGCGAAGACGUGAUGGUUCGCUUCCCUAUACCUGAGUGUUGGAUCUACCUCUUUAGGGUGGAGAAACACUUCAGAUAUGGCUCGGUAAAAUCAGCACAUAGAAGAACAGGGAAGAUUAAGGGUAUCGAGAGAUUCUUGGGUGCUGUCGAUACGUUAGAACCGCAGCUAAUGGAAGUAACUUCCGGCCAGGCGAAAUAUGAGCAUCAACAUCGUGCCAUCGUAUGGAGGAUGCCCAGGUUGCCAAAAGAGGGUCAAGGUGCGUACACGACACAUCAGCUGGUUUGCCGGAUGGCUCUCACCUCUUACGAUCAAAUCCCCGAAAACCUCUCGGAAUAUUGUUACGUGGAGUUUACAAUGCCGGCGACGCAAGUAUCUCAUACGACUGCGAGGAGCGUCAGUCUCCAGAACAGUGACAGUGAUGCGCCCCCAGAGAAAUAUGUUCGAAAUUUGUCGCGUCACGAAUACAGGGUAGGGAUUGAGCAUACGCAAGGCGAAGGACCGGGUGCGUAUGUCUCGGCGACGAUCGGAUCGAAGAAAAUCCCUGAGACCAUGCCAGAAGUUCAAGAAACGCCCGAGGCACCGGCCGAAUCUGAUUCCGAUUCUUCAGAGUAACAUGAGUAAUUGGUGGAUAAGUCAAUGUUGAUUGAUCGCCUCCGCGUUGCAAUAUUUAAUACAGUAAGCGCCAAAAAAUGCGACUCUCACAACUGAUAUUUCAAUUAUCGGUUUAGUCAAAUAAAAUGAGUAGUCGGGGACAAAUUUGAUUAAAACAUAAAUAUUUAGUUCUUCUACUAUCGUACGACUAUUUGACACUAUUAAAUGUGGUUUUGCUACUUAAGCAAAAUCACAUUUUUUUUUUUCAAGAUACUCAAUAUUUUUUUGUAUCGUUCCGUUCGUACAUGCGUUCGAGAACACUAAUAUUUAAUUUAGAGGUACCAAUUUUUUUAACACAGAAUACAAUACGCGAAAAGGUGACAAUCCACAAGCUGACAAAUUUUUGGAUCUUGGAUAUGAAGCAAAUUGUAUAUUUUUUCUUUAUCGAACAUUUUUAAUGCGAGAGAGAGAGAGAGAGAGAGAGAGAGAGAGAGAGAGAUUAACAAGAAUAUAAAAUUAUUAUUAUAACUUUAUGAUAUAUCAAAAGUGACGCUUCCAUUAUGCAACAGAUGGCGUUACUGUGUCAUAUUCAGCUAACAUAAUAAUGAUUAAAAAAGAGUCGCAUUUUUUUUUGCAUAUACUGUACAUUAUCAAGAGGAUAGGAAAGGACUAUAAAAAGGGAAUGGGUUACAUAAGUCGAUUGGUAAAAGGUUAUUUAUGGGUGCAAUGAUACACUAGUCGUUUAAGCGGUGAACAUAAGGCUGGUAUUUAUAAUCCAUUCUUAUUUUAAAACCGUUUUAAGUAAUAUUUGAAAAUGUUAAUACAGCUCUGUGGUCGGUAUUUAUAGUUCGUUCUUAUUAGAAGACAUUCUUAAGUAAUGUCUUAAGAUGCUAAUAUGGCUCUCUGAUAUUAGUUCAUAACAUCUAAAGACUGUACUUAAGACGAUCUUAAAUAUAAGAAUCGUGACUAUGUACGACUAUGUACACCAGCCUCUGAUUGGCUUAUGACAUCUUAAAACUAUUUCAGACUGUCUUAAAUAUAGAACCGAUUAUGAAUACCGGCCAUAGAUAAUAUAUCAUGUACAUGUUACUAGUCUGUAUACAGAGAGAAAAUUCACACGAAUUGACCACGAGAUGUUUCAUAAGUUUGCUGAUAGUUAUAAUAAACGGUGGAUGAUCAUUCUACAUUUGAGAAAGUAAAUACUUCGCGCGAUCGUUCAUCAGUUCAAAAAUAAUUGACCCGAUAAUUAUUACGGUUGAAGGAAACAGAAUCAGAUCAGUAAAGAUUAAAAUUAGUCAAUUUGUAAGAUCCUUAAACGCAUCGAUCGCUCAAGCUAAUCAGAGCCAUGCAGGCUGAAGAGAUAAUUUAUCUGAAUCAGAAUUUCCAGAAUAAGAAUUAUGAAUGUACAAAUUAUUCUCGACUUUUUAUCAAAAUUCUCACAUCUAUUUGGAAUUGAGUAUUACUACUCGUUUUGUUUUUCAAUGUUUGAAUCAAUUGCUAUGAUAAUUGUUCACAAAAUAGUGAUUGAUAGCUAGCGAUUUACGAAACAUCUCGUCCACAUUCUCGUGUAACAUAGCGACUAAUGACAAGUAAAUAAUUAAAGGGAAAAUAAUUUGAAAUAUGGAAAGACAAUACCGGUUUUCUGUUUCAUUUAGCUUGUUAAGGCGUAGAGCAUUCGCAACGGAAAGCUUUGUGUUUGUAAAGUGCGUUUAUGAUAUUUUAAAGAUUUAAAAACAUUUCCAUAGGCAAUCGUAAUGAAUUGAAAUUGUUGAUGAGAACAUUUGCAUGCUGUGUGCUUUUUAAACAGAUGACACAAUUAUUUAUUCGGAAAUUU